GUCUUUCCCGCCCGGUGUGGCUCGCAGCUAUCGCCUGACGUUUGUCCAGCUCUCAGGCUGAGGUGUUUUUUUUGGUUGUUGUUGUUGUUUUCUUUUUAUUUUACGUCGUCCCCUCUCGCAACCACGGCAGCCGUCCGCCCUUCCCAGCCGCCGCGGCCCUCUGCGGGGCCCGGGCCGGCUGUCUGCUGGCUGUCUGCAAGCCGCCGGGCGCGGCGGGGCGGCCCCGGGGCGCGGCGCGGAGCGUGUUCGGCAGCGGGAGUCCGGCGGUGGGGCGGCGUGCUGGCCGGCUUCUGCCGCGGGCACCCGGGGCGGCUGGUGCGGCUGCUGCUGUUCUGCCUCUGCCUCCCGGGCGGCAGCCUCGCAGGUCUGUUAGUAACGACGCGGGAUGCCAGUCCUACUCAAGAGAAUGCUUUGACUCAGAUGAACACUGGACAGAAGUCAUCUGCUGAGCCCAUAACAACUACACAGACCGUCAGCCAAACAACCUGGGACAGCAUUUCCAGCAUUUCAGAUCACUUGACGCUUGGACAGGAUGUAUCUACACCUGGUUCAGAUCUUACCACAUCAGGUUUUAAAGGGGAAAUCAGUUUGAACAAGUCUAAAUCUCUCUAUGUGGAGUAUGAGGUGAUCCUUGCUGGUGAAUCUGAUAUUUCCAUGCAGAAAAACGUCACUUUGGGCAGUGCAGUUAAAAUUGAGCUGUCAUGCAGACUGGCUGAUAAAUAUUCUUCCAUGAAAAUUAUUCAGGUGACUUGGAAGAGGGGUAAUGAAACAAUCAAACACAUCAGUAAAAGUAAAAAUAGCUGGGCCAUCCAAUUGACCAUCUCAGAAAACAGGAAACUGGGAAGUUACACUUGUACGGUGAAAGGUGAAAAAGUAUUCAGUGUGGUGUUUCAUUUGCAAGUACCGCAGAUUGAAGGAAGAGAAAAACCUGUCAUCAGUUAUGAAGGUGACUCAGCUAUACUGAUUUGUAAAAGUCACAGUUAUACUCCCAUUGCUUGGACCUGGUAUAUGACCAAUGGAAGUGAACAGAUCGCCAUCAAUGACUCCCUGAUGUUGGAUAAGUACGUAAUAGACAGAGUAGAUGCCAAUGUAACCCAUCUGAAAAUACUGAAUGUCACCAAAGAAGACGGUGGUGCAUACUGGUGUGAAGCUGCUUUUGAACUAGGCAAGAGUAAAGGGAAGCUGAAGCUUAAUAUUCUGUCACUCAUGGUCCCACUUAAGCCAUUUCUAGCAAUAGUGGCUGAAGUUAUUAUUUUAAUAACUCUUAUUUUCGCUUUUGAGUUGUAUUCAAAAAGGAGAGAGAAACGUGCAGAAGUUGAAAGAGAAUUUGACCAAAUUGAGCAACUUAAAUCAGAAGAAAGCAAUGGUGUGGAAAGCAGUAGUGCAAGGCACAGAAGAGUUUAGUUUGGUUCCUAGAAAGGGAAGCCAAGACUACAGAAGUGGAAAUCAUCACAAAGAUAAAGAAGUGUGCAGUUAUGCAUUUUGAACAUCAACUAUGCUUCCAUAUAAGCUCCUCUACAGUUGUAAGGAAUAAGAUGCUUUUUAAAACAGCUGUGUAAUGGCUCAUUUUUUUUACAAAUAAUAUAUCCUGAUAUAUGCAUUUUGACUAUCGCUGUCUGUAAGACUGAUGUUUGUUAUUUUACUGCUAAAAGGCUGUUUUUUCUCGUUAGAUUUCAUAUUGUAUUGUAGUUACUGUGUUUAGUUCUUAGUUUAGUUCCUAGUAACUUAGGACAAAAUUGAACUUGCGUUUACUGAACGAAUAGUUAAUACAGAAAGGGACCAUUAUCAAAAAUGGAAUUUUGAAUACUUGUUAAAACUGGACUUGUGAGAUCAAAAAUGUAUUUCCACCAAAGAAAAUGCCUUUUACUGGCAGAUAAAGCAAAUGUGACAUAGAGCCAUUUUUUACCAAAGAAAUGUUCAAAGGGAAAUAUUUAUCAUGACUUAAGUAGAACAUCAGUGGUUUUGCACUUGUACUGAAGAGUAAAAUAUCUUAAUUCUAACUUUUUGCUUAGCUUCAUUUAAUUAGAAGGAAGUAAAAUAUGUUCUGGGUACUUCAGAGAUUAAUUUCCAUGAGAUGUCCUCCCGUAUGGCUGUAAUACCAUAUUGUAUUUCCAAAUAGGCUGAACAUUCUAAAUAGACAACAAGCUGAAUGCUGUGCAGAAUAGAUACUUUGGUAUUAUUUCACAAUAGGUGAAAGAAGGAAAAGGAUGCAGUAUCAUAUCAAACAUAAUUGAAAUAAUUACUCAUACAAAUUAUUGCUGGAUAUUCAAGAGCUGCAGAAUCAGUUCUGUGACUACAAUUAAUAUGGAGAUAUUUUCAGUAAUCUACCUAUAUGGUUCUUAACAUACAUUGUGUAAUUAGUGUUCCCACUUCCUCUUGCAUAUGGCAUUGUACCUUGACGAACUCUCAUCACAGUUCAGUGAAGGCCUUGAGUUACUAGUUUCCAGAGUAAUAGGUAAAGCACAAUGAGUACCACUCAUUCUGUUGCACACAGUUAUGGCGCUGCUCAACUGACAGUACUGUUAAAGAAGAGUUGUAAUUUUAGAUGUAACAGUUAAUUGUAUUCAGCAACUGAAAAUGGAAAACUGGCUAAUGGCACUAGUGGCCUUUGCUUGCUAGUCCAAAGGAAAAAUUAGAAAAACAUUUGUUUUUUGAGCAGGGGAAGUAGACUUCUAAAGUUUUUUUCUCUAUAAAGAAUAGAAAGGAAAAGACAAAGUGAAUGAGGGGAAAAAAGAAUGAAUUGUGUUUCCUCAAGUGGUCGUUUCUCUUUGAAAACAGAAGCAGCUAAAUGAAAAAGUAAAAAGGAAACAAGUAAGAGGGAAGGAAUUAAAACUGUUUCACCGUUCCUAUAAGUGAAAAUAUCAAAAAGCCUAUCACUGGCUGUUCUGUUAUGUGGACAAAAUACAAUCUGAUCUCUGCUUUUUUUGGCUUGUUUGUUUAUUGCGUACACUUAGCAGGUUUGACAAUUCCAAAUUACAGCCCAAAUAAAAAAACAUGGGAGGAAUAUAACCAUGAAAUGGUAGAAUGGAGGGGCUGAACACUGAUAAAGAUUUCCCUUGCUGAGAUACUGUGUUUAUUGUAUUCUGCCUUAGAGUUCAUAUGCAUUAUUAAAAACAAAACAAAAAAACCCAAUACAUUUGUAGGUUUUUUAUAUGACUUUCUUAUGACAGCAUUUUUUUUUUUUUUGCUAUAGCAAGUAUAUUUUUGCAGGUUAAAAUACUACUUUAUAUUGGUUGUUUGAAACAUAUCACUAGGUCUAUUGCUUUUUGUGUACAACUUACUUCUGCCUUUGUUGAGCAUUUCUACUUGAGCUCAAAUUUGUGGUAUGAGGUUUUGGCCACCUGUAAGUGAGUUGCAUGAACAGUAAUUUUUUUUUUUCUUUGUUGUUGUUAGUAAUAAAGGGCUGCAGUGAAAGCAGGCAGGACUCAGAGAACCCUGAAGUAAGCAUGUAUUUUAGAUGUAUUAUGAAUUUCUCCUCUCAGGACUGCAGUAAUUUUGGUCAAACUGGCUGCCGAUACCUGCCUCCAGUGUGUUAUACUUGCUGUGCCUCCAAGGGAAUUGGUACUUCUAUUUCAGUUUGUAAAUAGGUCUGUUCCUCCUACAUCUGCCCAAGAUGCCAAAUAAGAGCCAAAGCAGCCCCAAACUGAAGUAUAAGAGUACUAACUGAUGAACAAUUAAAAAUUAGGAGAACUUCAAGUUACAUCCUUGGCAACUUCUUUCCAGUAGUUUCAAAUGGUUUUGCAGUUUAACUUUCUUAUGCCAAAGCAUGCAUAUAUAAAAUACAUUGAACUGUUAGGGAAUAAAAAGAUAAUACAGACAGUGUUCCAAGAUUUACAACAUCUUACUAAAGCUGUCUUUAAAUUGCCUAAAUUUAUUGUUCAUGUCUGAUAGAGCCUGUUUUUGUUGUUGCAUCUUAACAGGUUUCAAACUUGUAAUGUUUGUUCCAUCUUAGCCAAAAUGUUUUUUUUCCAUGAAGAUGUUCUGUCUGAUUUGUUUAUCCAUUAAUGCCUUCAUUUAAAGAUUGUACUCCUUUUCAUUAUUAGAGUAAUAUUUACAUCAUCUGACUUGCUGAAUUAUUUUCACGCUGACAUUAAAAGUUCUACAACAGUGCCUUGAAGGAAGCAGUUUUUCUUAACCACGGUUAAGUUAAUCUUUCUCUUUUGCAGUAUGUUAAAGAGUUUUCUCUGAAGCUUAACAGCAAAAUCUAUUUUUCUAGUGAAAGUACUGAGCCUAAUGCUUUUAUCACACUUGCCUUAUUUUACAUUCUGAUUUUAUACGAUGCUUCUUUGGCUCUUUUAUUUUUUUGCUUGAGUAGAAACAUGUACACAGAAAAUUGAAUAUCUUCUGUAUGUUUACUGUAUUUGUAAUAGAGAGUAGUUAUGAGUUGUGUGAAGUAGCAUUAUUAUACUUAGAAAUAAUUCAAAUAAACUUAACAAAGAAUGCAUAA